AUGGGGAAAGACUAUUAUCACAUUUUGGGAAUUGAAAAAGGAGCGUCAGAUGAAGAUAUUAAAAAGGCUUACCGAAAACAAGCCCUCAAAUUUCAUCCGGACAAGAACAAAUCUCCUCAGGCAGAGGAAAAAUUUAAAGAGGUCGCAGAAGCUUAUGAAGUAUUGAGUGAUCCUAAAAAGAGAGAAAUAUAUGAUCAGUUUGGGGAGGAAGGGUUGAAAGGAGGAGUAGGAGGUACUGAUGGACAAGGAGGUACCUUCCGGUACACCUUUCAUGGCGAUCCUCAUGCCACAUUUGCAGCAUUUUUUGGAGGUUCCAAUCCCUUUGAAAUUUUCUUUGGAAGACGGAUGGCUGGUGGUAGAGAUGCUGAAGAUAUGGAAGUAGAUGGAGAUCCUUUUAGUGCCUUUGGAUUCAGCAUGAAUGGAUAUCCAAGAGACAGGAAUUCUGUGGGGCCAUCCCGCCUCAAGCAAGAUCCUCCAGUUAUUCAUGAACUUAGAGUAUCACUUGAAGAAAUAUAUAGUGGUUGUACCAAACGGAUGAAGAUUUCUCGAAAAAGGUUAAACCCUGAUGGAAGGAGUUAUAGAUCUGAGGACAAAAUUCUCACCAUAGAGAUUAAAAAAGGAUGGAAAGAAGGCACCAAAAUUACUUUUCCAAGGGAAGGAGAUGAAACACCAACUAGUAUUCCAGCAGACAUUGUUUUCAUUAUUAAAGAUAAAGAUCACCCCAAAUUUAAAAGGGAUGGAUCAAAUAUAAUCUAUACUGCUAAAAUUAGUUUGCGAGAGGCAUUGUGUGGCUGCUCAAUUAAUGUUCCAACUUUGGAUGGAAGAACCAUACCUAUGUCAGUAAAUGAUAUUGUGAAGCCUGGAAUGAGGAGAAGAAUUAUUGGAUAUGGGCUGCCAUUUCCAAAAAAUCCUGAGCAACGUGGUGACCUUCUAAUAGAAUUUGAGGUGUCCUUCCCAGAUUCUAUAUCCUCAUCAUCCAAAGAAGUACUUAGAAAACAUCUUCCUGCCUCAUAG